AUGACAACCAGACAUUCCCCAAUCCGGAGGAGUCCCCGGCUGAAUGCACUCGAGGCGCUACAAGAACCAGAUGCCGCAAUCGACUUGCCCGUAGACACCGGAGAGAAUGCAACUGAUGAGGCGCCUACCGCAAAUAUGAAUAUUGAGUCCAGCAUAGUGGCUGGAAUACCCGAAGCUGUCGGCGCUGACGAGCAGGAGACCGUGUGCAGCGCACAACCUAGCGGAUUCCAAGAAGCAAGACUGCGUGCGAGAAUUGCCGAGUUGGAAAGGCAAUUGCAAAUGGUAACAAGGCCGGCGACACGUGCGGAGGAUCCGCCAUCUUUAAUUACAGAUACAAUGCCAGCAACGCAUAGGUUAGAAUCAGAUCGUCCGAUUAAUGGACUACAGCCACCACUAAUAAACACUCGCCCUGAGCUGCCAUCGACAAUUGGAACAAUGCCCCUGAUCUCACCAAACACGGUUGGUGGAUGGAUGACUAGAAAAAUCCCGGAACUGCCAGAGUUUUCGGGACUACCAGAAGAUUGGCCAAUAUUCUACUGCGCGUUUACUGAAACAAAUAGUGUAUAUGGAUGCACGGACUUGGAGAAUAAUCAGCGUCUGGUUAAAGCUCUUAAGGGCGAUGCCCGUGAAACUGUUAAAUCUCUGCUUAUCCAUCCCAGAAAUGUGAACGCAGUCAUAAAUCAACUAAGAUUCCGUUAUGGGCGUCCGGAGCAGCUCGUACGCAGUCAGCUUCAAAGCGUGCGUGAUGUUCAACCGAUACAAGAGCACAAUUUAGCAAAGAUUAUUCCAUUCGCUACGCGCGUGAGUAACCUGGCUGCGUUUUUACAAUCUAUCAACGAGAGCCAGCACCUGGCUAAUCCAACCCUGUUAGAUGAACUAACCUCGAAAUUGCCGCUGGACAAGAGAGUGGACUGGGCUAGACGCGCCGCAUCUAUAAAGCCCUACCCGACUGUCAUCGACUUUAGCGUCUGGUUAGAAGAACUAGCUAGCGUAAUAUGCACUAUCGUGGACUCCGACCACAGGGAAGGCAAACGACGAAUACUGUACACGAAGUUUGAAGAAGAGACGCGCGUCGAGCAACAUGGCCAACCCUGUCCAAACUGUUACGGGUCACACGAUAUAACCGAAUGUGCGGAGUUUCGUCUUGCUUCACCGACUGCGAGAUGGAGACUUGUCAAGAAGUACCGUCUAUGUUUCUUGUGCUUGAGUCCCGGGCACGUAGUUCGAAAGUGUACCACCAAGUACAGAUGCCAUAUAGGAAGGCUUCAAUGUCAAAGGCUGGACAUGGACACUAAGACAACGCAACUAUUCUUUCGGAUCCUGCCAGUGACGCUUUAUUGGCCGAACCGUCGAGUAGAGACGUACGCACUGCUUGACGAAGCAUCAUCGGUAACCAUGAUCGAUGAAGUGCUACUCAAGGAUUUGGGCCUUAAUGGAGAACGCAUGGAUGGGUUAGAUCUGCGAAUGCAGACCUUGAAUCAGGACUACCUCCAAGUAAUCAAUCCGCAAUCACGUUUCCCUGUUGAGGCAUAUACUAACGCCGUGCCUAGGAUCCUAAUAGGCCUGGAUCACAAGUACCUUGUCGUGCCAUCCAGCACCUGGGAAACCUCCAAUAGGGGACCGUACGUGGCCGUUACUAGGUUAGGAUGGGAUGUCUCUGGGGCGUUCCACAAGCAUCAACAUACAUCUGCGCCAAAGCCAUGUCUAUUUGCAGCAACGGACACCGAUGAAGUUCAUAAGAUGGUCAGCGAAUACUUUGAACUGGAGAACCUAGGGGUGAAGCCAACUCCACCAGCCCCUUCAGAUGACGACAUACGGGCACAAAGUAUUUUGAACGAGACGACGGUAGAAUUACUCGGGCGGUACCAGACGGGAUUAAUCUGGAAACGUGACAACGUAAAUCUACCUUCCAGUUAUAAAAUGGCGUUAAAUAGGUUGAAAACUGUUGAAAGAAAAAUGGAAAGAGAUAAACAGUUUGCCCAAGAGUAUAAAGGAAUGAUAAAUGAUUACAUAAGUAAAGGAUACGCUCGACGUGUAGAGCGAGAAGAAGACACUGCAGUCGGCAGCGGCAAAAUAUGGUAUCUGCCGCAUUUCGCAGUGACGAACCCGAAUAAGCCAGGGAAAAUUCGGCUAGUCUUUGACGCGGCUGCCAAAGUGGGCAACGUGUCACUGAAUUCAGAGCUAUUAAAGGGACCACAGCACUAUAGGCCGCUUCUUUCUGUUCUAUUCCAUUUCAGAGAAGGAGCUGUUGCGGUCACCGGAGACAUCAAAGAAAUGUUCCACCAGAUCUAUGUACAGCCCCAGGACCGACGUUCUCAACGGUUCCUGUGGCGGGAUGGAGAUAGACAACGAGAAGCUGAUGUGUACGAGAUGCAGGUGAUGACCUUUGGAGCUGCCUGUUCUCCAAGUGCCGCACAUCAUGUCAUGACGCUAAAUGCGAUGCGUCACCAACAAGUAGACCCACGAGCGGUCAAAGCUAUUACAGACUAUCAUUAUGUGGACGAUUAUGUGGACAGUUUCGCCACUGAGGACGAAGCUAUAUCAGUCUCUGCCAGGGUCAGAGACAUACACAAGACUGGAGGAUUUGAGCUACGCCGAUUUCAAUCCAACUCACCUAGCAGCGCCUUCCAGAAAUGGCGCCAUCAGCUAGAAGGAGUGGGUCUGUUCCGAUGCCCGCGUCACUACUUUGGAUCAGAAAUGGUGAAGUCAAUACAAUUACAUGUCUUCACUGACGCCAGUGAGUCGGCGUACGCGGCUGUGGCCUACUGGAGGGCCACCUACCAAAAUGGGGAUGUACAAGUGAGUUUCGUUUGUGGUAAAACGAAAUGCGCUCCGAUGAGAACCAUGUCAGUUCCACGACUGGAGCUGCAGGCAGCGGUGCUCGGUACACGCUUGAUGAACGCUGUGAAGAGUGGACACUGCAUGGAGACGGAAGAUGCCAUUUUAUGGACAGAUGCCAAAACGGUGCUGCGUUGGAUAUGCAGCACUCUUAGACGUUAUAAGCAGUUCGUCGGUAACAGAGUCACAGAAAUCUUAGAAUCCACAGGUGCUUCCCAGUGGAGAUGGGUCCCUACCGCGGACAACGCGGCGGAUGAAGCGACGGGGCCACAAGGGCAAGUUGACUUUAGCCAGAAAUCGCGAUGGAUGUGCGGGCCUAAAUUCCUACAGCAGCCGCAAGAUUUGUGGCCCCAAUCAACUACCGAUCUGACAGACAUCGAGGUUGCAGCCGACGUCGAAGAGUCACCACCAGUCCAGCCGACGAGUGAGCUGAAGGGACUGCUACCCUACCUUGACGACUUAGCGAUUGUACGCGCAUCUGGGAGAAUCGAUGCGGCCCUGUGUUUACCGUAUGGGGCGAGAAGGCCCAUCAUUCUCACGCAUAGGCACCCACUGACGGAUUUGAUCGUUCGUCACUACCAUGUAAGGAUGAAACAUCAGAAUGUAAACGCAACUAUCACCGAGAUCCGCAUGAAGUUCUGGAUAACGAAAGUGCGCCGGGUACUGCAGCGGGUUAUCCGGAAUUGUGGUGUGGGCAAACUCCAGCGUGCAACCCCAACCCCACCUUUAAUGGGUCCGUUGCCUAAAGAUCGCCUAAAACCGGGUGGAUGGCCAUUUGAGUACACUGGUUUAGACUAUUUCGGACCACUACUUGUGACGGUGGGUCGACGCCAAGAGAAGAGUCGAUCAAGAGGCACCUUUGAUGCCCAACGACCUACCUUCACCCGCGGAGAGUGA